AUGGCCGGAGAAGAUGAUGCACCUCUGCCAGGUUCCAGUGGAGCCCUCGCUGUCCCUUCUUCAGGUGUUCUUCCCAGACCGGCGAGCGAUAGCCCUGAUUUGGAAAAUUGGUUGACUGCGAAUUCCAUGCUAGUUGGAUGGAUUCGUUCGUCGAUCGAACCAAAGGUCUGUUCUACCAUAUCAUACAUCUCCGACGCUUACCUCCUAUGGACUGAGCUGAAGGAGAGGUUUUCCGUGGGCAACAAGGUUCGUGUCCACAGAUUAAAGCUCAACUCGCUUCGUGCAGGCAAGAGGGGCAAACCGUUCUUGAUGUUCGCAAAAGAAAAAGAAGAAGAACGUAUCCAUCAGUUUGUGAUGGGUUUAGACGAUGCUAGAUUUGGUGGUCUCUGCACAGGGAUCAUUGCGGCGGAUCCGUUGCCAAGUAUUGGUGAAAUCUGCGCUAAGGUUGUCCGUGAAGAACAGCGUCUGUCUUCUGCUCGUCUCCGGGAACAGCGGCAUGAGGCUUUAGGGUUUUUUACACGUCGGGAGGAAGCUCCAUCCUCUGUUCGCCGUGAUCAGAAUCAGUCACCUGAUUCUCGUCUUGAGUUGUCAUCUUCUUCCAUUCGUAACCGGAGUGCUUUGUGUAGUCAUUGUGGCCGUACCGGACAUGAGAAGAAAGAUUGUUGGCAGAUCGUUGGUUUUCCAGAGUGGUGGAGGCUUUCAUUUAACGCCUUUCAUGAGCAUCAGUUUCAACACGUCUAA